GCCUCUGCCUGGUAGACAUGAAUGGCUUUUACUUGGAGGCCUCACCUGAGGAGAGAGAUUCCAGAAUGAGACAGAAGAGGGUCUCAUGUGCGGCUCAGCACAGAGUGAGAAACUGAGGUACGGGGACGAGCCAAUGCAAAUACCUCGUGGAGUUGGACCGUGAUAUCCAUCCUGUCUCCCCAGAGGCUCUUAAGCACCAAAGAGCUGGUGGUAGAAACCACUGCCCAUAACACCCUUGGCCUCACGUAAAACACCGCGCCCACAGACCCCCACACAACAUCGAGUCAGUUGACCACUGUUUCUCAGCCCUCUCUGCUGACGUUACCCGUGGACUUUGCCCUGUGCCCACUGUCUUCGCCAGGCCCGUGCCAGCUGGUAAUCCAGGGAGCGCUGUCUCACCCCCCGUGAUUUCUAGAACAAGCUUCGGUCAGAACACAGUUUUGACGUGAGUGGGGCUCCUGCUGCCUGGUACUCCUGUAAUUUCCUUAAAUCUCAUUCGUCUCCAUCUGGAACGCGAGAGUGAGCAUAUUGCUGUGGGUUAUUGCAAGACCUGGACCGCAGUGUCCACAGCAUGGUACACGCCAGACACGCUGCACCGUUGCGGUGUGGACUGACCUUUGGGAGUGCUUUUACAAAGCUGCAGGCCCUAAUCGUAAGUGGCUGCUCGAGGACUAAAUCCUCUGCUGCACGUGACAUGCCCUGGUUUUGCUGCCCAGGCCGCCACCGGCCUUGCCGUCCCUCCCCGAGCACCCACCUCUUGGAGUGAAUUCCUGGGUCGUCAGGGCUGCUGUGUGCCCUCUGCGUGGGCACACGCUCCCAGCUGGCAGUCCGGACCCUGAUGGUGCCAUGAGACUGUGUUACCUCUGUGCAUAAAGGAAGAAGGAGCCUGCUUUUCAAGCUUAAUAAAGAAGCAUCAUAACUGCUUAUGCCCUUCGGAAAACAGAGACGUGAAUAGAGAUGUUAUCGCCAUGGCAACCAAUCACUGAAGGAGGCAGCCGCUCGGCGCCGUGGCCUUCGAGGGGUUAUGGGUACACGUGCUGGCGAAACAGCCAUCACCGGAGUCGCCGCGAGCACGUCCACCGCUUUCACGGCCACAUGCGGUCCUGGAGCGCGGGAGGGCCCAGUUUCCCCGGGUCUCGCCGGCCCGGGAGGGAGGGUGGGCUCCUGCCAGGGUGCAGUCACCUGGCUGUUCCCUCCAGCCACUGUGGUUUUGGAGUCGGGCACUUAGAAGCAGCUUGCCCUGAGACGGCGGGCCUGGGGGGCUUGGCGCCCACGCUGCAGCCUCGCGUCGAGCAACUGCAUCUUCAAAGAAACGCCCUCUGCGAGAUUCCCGCAGACUUCUUCCAGUCGCUGCCAAACCUCGCGUGGCUGGACGUCCGCUACAACAGCAUCAGAGCUCUUCCUUCUGGGAUCGGGUCUCACAAGCAUUUGAAAACUUUGCUUUUAGAAAGAAAUCCUAUCAAAAUGUUACCUGUGGAGCUGGGGAACGUGACCACACUGAGAGCCUUGAACCUGAGACACUGCCCCCUGGAGUUCCCCGCCCCCCUCGUCGUGCAGAAGGGACUGGGUGCCAUCCUGGCCUUCCUGCAGGCCUGCGCCAUGCAGCGGCCUCCUCCCCGAGGGUCAGCUUCUCCAGAGCGUGUGGCCGACAAAGACGCUGUUAAUUCUCAGGAUCGGAGGGGGAGGUUAAAAGAAAAGGCAGACUCUCUCCCUCCUGUUGAAAAGCUAGGCCUGAGUGAGCUGGGCAAGUCCACUGCCUCCCCAGAAGACUGGCCGGGCGAGGAGGAAAUCAGGCGCUUUUGGAGGCCGAGGCAGGAGAUUGUCGAGAAGGAGCAGCGGGAGGCAGUGCUUGCAAAGCAGCUCUUACCGGCAGAGUUAGCUGCAAACCUCAAGGCGGCCCUGAACACGAAGGAGAAAGAACGUUCCGGCUCCAGACACGCUCUCAGCGCGUGCCGUCCGCGGGGGAGUGUUCACCGCGGGGUCUGUGACAGUAGAAGGAAGAUGUCCUCCCUCAGGAGCAUCCUGCCGGCCCUGGCGCCAUGGCAGCGAGUGGGGCUUCCCUCCAGGAGAGCGGAGGACAGCAGGGCCUUGGCCCCCAGGGAGCAGCGCGUAAGAGACGAAGGAGCGCCGCGGGAGUGGCGGGAGCGAGCCCGGACCCGGAGGACAGCGGAGGCGGCCCUGGGCAAGCCCCUGCCUCCCCAGCGGAGUCUGGUACAAGGACGCCAGCGGGAGGGGUCUCAUCCCGUCCGGGGGCCACGGUGCCCGCUGCAGAGGUGGAGCCUGCGGCCCGCUGACAGACCUAUUUCCUCUCAUGUGGUGUCAAAGAUUCCCUGUGCCGUGGAUUUGGCAGACAAUGAGAAAAUGCCAGUGAAUCCACCCGGAAACGUGAGGCAAAGCAAAGAGAAGUCCUCGCAAACAAGUGAAGAAAUGAGGGCCUUCCGAGAGGAGCUCUGGGAAGAAAACCUAAAGCAGCACAUUCAGAAAACGCACGAGGGAAGAAAAAGAUUUCAAGGCACAGCGCCACUCAAGGAAAUGAGUCCGGCUGCCUGGGACUUGGAGAUUAAAAUAGAAGUGGAGGGGAAACAUCGUAAUUCAUCCUAUGAGGCCAGCAUUACCCUAAUACCAGAACAAAGACGUCACGUGUGAGGAAAACUACAGGCCGGUGUCUCCCCUGAACACAGAUGCGAAAAUCCUCAACAAAAUAUUAGCAAAGCAACCCUAACAAUGUAGAAAAAGAAUUAUACACCAUGACUAAGUGGAGUUUGUCCCAGGUGCACGGGGCUGGUUCCACAUUCAAAACCCAUUUUAUGUAACGCAUCGUCACCUUGUGGCCAAAGAAGGAAAAUCACACGAUCGUAUCAUUUGGUGCAGGAACAGCAUUUAACAGAAUCCAGCACCUGUUUGUGGUAACUGCUUGUAGCAAACUAGGCACAAGUGGAACUUCCUUGACUUGAUAAAGAGCAGCUACAGAAACUACGGCGAACAUCGUACUUCAUGGUGAGAAACUAGAAACUACUUUUCCCCUGAAGGUCGGGAACAAGACCAUUUCUCUCCAGCAUCACAUGGGAAGUCCUAGCUACUGCAACAAGACAAGAAAGGAAAAUGAGGUAGAUUAAGAAGGAAGAGUUAAGACUAUCUUUGUUUCUGGAUAACUUGGUUGGCUGUGUAGAAAAUCCCAAAGAAUUGAGCAAAAUCUCCUGGAACUAAUCAGUGAUUAUGGCAAGGUUGCAGGAUCCAAGGUUAAGAUGUAAAAGUUAGUCACUUACUAUAUACCAUCAGCAAACAAGUGAGAUUUUAAAUUAAGAACAUUCACAUUAGCACCCAAAAAAUGGUGCUAGGUACGAAUCUAACAAAAUAUGUACAAGAUCUGUGUGAGGAAAACAACAAAACUGAUGAGUCAACUCAAACAAGAACUAAAGGGGUGGAGAGGAAUCCCAUGUUCAUGGAUGGGAAGGCUCAAUAUCGUCAAGAUGGCGGUUCUUCCCAAGUUGAUGAAGAAGACAUUCAGCAGAAUCCCAAUCAAAAUCCCAGCAAGUUAUUUCGUGGAUAUCGACAACCCGCUGCUAACGUUUGUAUGGAGAGGAGACAAAGGCCCAGAAUCGCCCACACAACACUGAAGGAGAACAAGGUUGUAGGACUGAUACUACCCGACCUGCAGACUCAUGGUAAAGUCACAGUAAUCAAGACGGCGUGGGGUUGGUGGAACGGUAGACAGAUGGGUCAGUGGAUCAGAGGAAGACCCACAUAAGUACAGUCGACUGAUACCCGACGAAGGAGCGAAGGUAACACAGCAGAGCAAAGAUGGCGUCUUCAACAGAUGGUGUUGGAACCGCUGGGCGUCCACGUGCAAAAUAGCGAAUCUAGACCCAGACCUUACGCCUCCCCGAAAGUGAACCGAAAGUGGGUCACAGAACUAAAUGUAAAAUGCAAAACUGCAAAACUUGUAGAAAAUGACGUAGAAAAUGUGGGUGACCUUGGGUUGGCGGGGAAUUUUGAAAUAGAACAUCAAAGGCACCACAAAAAAAAUGAUAAUGACUUCAUUAAGAUUUAAAAAUUUGUCUCUGCAAAAGAUACUGUCAAAAGAAUAAGAUGCCAGGGGCACCUGGGUGGCUCAGUCAGUUAAGUGUCCGACUUUGGCUCAGGUCAUGAUCUCAUGGCUCAUGAAUUCAAGCCCCACAUAGAGCUCUGUGCUGACAGCUCAGAUCCUGGAGCCUGCUUCAGAUUCUGUGUCUCCCUCUCUCUCUGCCCCUCCCCACCUUGCACUCUGUCUCUGUCUCUCUCAAAAAUAAACAUUAAAAUAGGGUCGCUUGGGUGGUUCACUCAGUUGAGUGUCCAACUUCGGCUUAGGUCAUGAUCUCGCAGUCUGUGAGUUCAAGCCCCAUGUCGGGCUCUGUGCUGACAGUUCAGAGCCCGGAACCUGCUUCGGAUUCUGUGUGUCCCUCUCUCUCUGCCCCUCCCCCACUCACGCUCUGUCUCAAAAACAAACAAACAUUUUUUUAAAAGUUAAAAAAAAAAAUAAGAUGCCAAAGACUGGGAGAAAAUAGUUGCAAAAGACACAUCUACUAAAGGACUGCUUAUCCAAAAUAUAGAGAGAAAACAACCCAAUUAAAAAGCGAGCCACAGAUCUGAACAGACACUUCACCGAAGAAGAUAUAUAGAUGUUAAGUAAGCAUAUGAAAAGAUGCUCAGUAUUGUAUGUCAUUAGGAAAUUGCAAAUUAGAACAGAGAGGUACCACACACACCUAUUAGAAUGGUUAUAAUCCAGUCACGGACGACACCAGAUGCUGGUGAGGAUGUGGGGCAGCGGGAACUCUCGUUCAUGCCGUGGGGACGCCAGACGGCACAGCCACUUUGCAAGACAGUUUGGUGAUUUACUACAAAAUUGAAUGUACUCUGAACUUGAGGUCCAGCAAUCGUGCCCCUAGGCAUUUUCCCAAGAGUUCAAAACUUAAGUCCAGACCAGAACUUGCUCACAGAUGUUCAUAGCAGCUUCACUCAUAGUUACCAAAACUUGGGAGCAACCACGAUGUCCUUCUGUCGGUGAGCGGAUAAAUAAACCGUGGUCCCUCCAGACCGUGGAGUACCAUUUGGCCCCAAAAAGGAACGAGCUGUCACAUCAUGACUAGACCUGAGGGAGCCUCACAUGCAUAUCACUAAGUGAAAGAGCCCAUCUGAAAAGGCUGCAACCGUAUGACGUUCUGGAAGAGAGAAAACUCUGUGCACAGUAGGAGCCUCUGUGGCUGCAGGGCUGGGGGACAGAGAGAUGAGCAGGCAGAGCACGGGGGAUGUUUAGGGUGGUGCCAGCUCUGUGACAGCACAGCGACGGACACCUGUCAUUAUACAUCUGUCUGGGCCGGCAGAACGCACACCAGGAGUGAGCCCUGCCGUAAACCACGGCCCCUGGGUGAUGAUGAUGUGUGAGAGGCAGGUCACGGAGUGUAACGCGUCCCGUCUGGUCUAACAGGAAGCUGAAACCUGCAAAGGGCCAGGAGAGAACACAGUGGCCUCACCACCGGGGGGUGGGGGGGCAGCAAGGAAUUCUGUCCUCAGACUGGCAGGCCAGGUGCCCACGGACAGAGGCAUUCCCACGCAAGGUCUCACCGCGUUCCUUUCUGCGCUGCCUUUCUCUGGAAGCUACUGCAGAGUGCAUCCUUCCAAAUCAAGUCAGCAGAACGGGAAAGGAGUGAGUGUUCCAGAAAAAAGGAAGCUGACCCAAAAGAGAGCCCAGGAGCCGCCCCCCCACCCCCACCCCAGGCUGUCGGCUGUGCAGGCCGCCAGCCUGGAGCUCAGGGAGGAGCCCCGAGGGUCUCUCCAGGGCAGACAGAUCGCUGAGCAUUUGACCAAGGGGACAGGAUGUCGAGAGGUUCCCGGACAAGUGUGUCGAAAACAAAGCAAAUCUUUCUGAAGGAGCGGUUAGUAAUUGCACGACGAACGUAGACUUCUGCAGGGAAGAAAGCAGGCAGCACGGCCGGGGCGGCACAGGUCCGCUCGUAGGCGGGUCUUUGACAGUACGUGCUGUAACUUGUCCUUGUGGUUUCCUCAGUGACGUCGUCUUCUCUCUAGCUGACUGUCGUAAGAUGACGUCUGGAACACACACCACAUACAAAGUAGCUGUUAAUCAACGGUGUGUGUUA